GGGUGAGGAGGGCCAGCCGGCGGGAGGGCCGGCCCGGGGCGUGCCCACGUGACCGCCCCGCCCGCGCCGCAGCCCCCCGAGCCGCCGCCGCCUCUCGGGCCGCACUCCCGGCGUGCCCCGCACUCGCCGCCGCCCGCCUGCCCCUCCUUCUCCUCGCAGCGCCACACCGCCGGAGCCCGAGCCGCCGCCGCAGCCUCAGCCGCGGGCACUAUGGCUUCUGGAGUUACAGUGAAUGAUGAAGUCAUCAAAGUUUUUAAUGAUAUGAAAGUAAGGAAAUCUUCUACACAAGAGGAGAUCAAAAAAAGAAAGAAAGCAGUUCUCUUCUGUUUAAGCGAUGACAAAAGACAAAUAAUUGUUGAGGAAGCAAAGCAGAUCUUGGUGGGUGACAUUGGUGAUACUGUAGAGGACCCCUACACAUCUUUUGUGAAGUUGCUACCUCUGAAUGAUUGCCGAUAUGCUUUGUACGAUGCCACAUACGAAACAAAAGAGUCUAAGAAAGAAGACCUAGUAUUUAUAUUCUGGGCUCCUGAAAGUGCACCUUUAAAAAGCAAGAUGAUAUAUGCUAGCUCUAAAGAUGCCAUUAAAAAGAAAUUUACAGGUAUAAAACAUGAGUGGCAAGUAAAUGGCUUGGAUGAUAUAAAGGACCGUUCCACACUUGGAGAGAAAUUGGGAGGCAAUGUAGUAGUUUCACUUGAAGGAAAACCCUUAUAAAUCAGUCAAGUGCCAUCUGGAUCUUAAGGAGCUUCCAUUUCUCCAGCUCAGUCAAUUGGAAUAGUAUUAGGGUUUUUUUUUUUUUUUUCUUUUCCCACUGGGUCCUUCCAACACAGUGAAUGAAGGAAAUACCAUUCAUGUAAGCCGCCUAUCAGUGAUUGCCAUUAGACUGUUUAAUACUGUUAACUUUUAUGUAGAACCCAAGGAAUGCCUUCCCAUCAUAUUUUAGCCAAAACAACUGGGUAUAUGCCUCCUUUGCAGCAAACACUACAGUGAAUUGUGAUUGUCAAUGUGAAUAGCUUAGAACACUACAAAGGGUUAAGCUAAUUGAAUGCCUUCAAAGUAUUAUCCACUGGUGAGAUGGUAAACUCUAUUCAGUAUUACUGAUAGUUGCACUUGACUGCAGCUCUGUGAGGCUUGAGCAUUCAUACACCUCACCUGCCUUGGCAAGCCUAUUUUUUUGUGACAUGGCAGCACGGAUAUAACACUAUGCAUAAAGCACUUUUUUUGUAAUAAAUUUAAUCCCCCACCAGAAAAGGAAUGCCAAUUAAGUUGUGUUAACUGUGUCAUCAGCUUAUCCUAGUACCUCAGUGUUCAUUCCUUUUACCUGCAUAUCUUCUUAAAAGAAAUAGCUAUUAUUAAUGCCUUUUUUCCCCCAUUGAGUGUACACUACUGAAUACACGUAGGAGUUUUAUGUUUACCAUGUAAGUCUUGCAACACUAAAGAUAUUUUGAGUAUCAGUCAUGAUGGCAAUUUCUGUAUAAAAGAGCCUUAAAUGGAACAUUGUUUUUGAGAUCAAACUCCCCACCCUCACAAAAAUGGCCACGUUGCAAUAAAAAUUGUGGCAUAUUACAGAA